CCUGCCACGACUGAAGUGACCAAAAUAAAACCACUAAUGUGAAAUCCAUUUUACUACACUUAUUUAAAAAAGAAAAAAUAAUAAUACCUACGUAAUUAACACUUUGUUAAUAACUCGGAAAUAUAUUUGCAGAUUAAGAUCUUCCCGUUUGAACUCAAAGUUUUGGACCAGGAAAUAUCUACAUACUCACAAUCAGAAUCAAGAUGGAUUUUAAGCCCGAGAUGAAUCGAGAACGCCCCAAAUGCUCAAAAACGGUCGAACCCGGUGCUCAGCGUCCCGUCACGCAUGACCCCGACACGAACGUGCCAUGUGAGAUUUGCAGCAAAAGCCCGUCUACCUCAUGCGAUCACGUGAAGACAUUCCACACCAACGGGGAACAACAAAGUAGCGACGUUUCCCACCAGAUGUGUUCCUCCACCACAAAUUUACCGAAGGAUACUAAAGCCGUCCACAGCACGGGGGAACGACCCCCGACCCCGGAACGACCCCCGACCCCGGAACGACCUCGUUUCCCAUGUACGUCCCCCGGUUGUAAAAAAUCCUACCUGAGCAAACACGAAGUUACAAGACACAAAAAAAUUCAUCAUUCGGAUAAUCCGGUCAGAUUUCCGUGCACCGAUUGCAGAAAAGAAUUCAAAACGAUAUCAGAUCUUACGAAACACAGUUCCACCCAUACGAACGAGAAGCCCUUUAAGUGUACCACUUGUGGAAGGAGUUUCUCCCAGAUGGGAAACAUGCAACGUCACGAGACGACACACUUGGAAAAAUCGAGCCGGGAAAGUUUCGACUGCAACCUUUGUCCUUCUACUUUCACCCGGAAACAUAACUUACAACGCCACAUCCGCAUUACGCAUGGAAAGCAGAGGAAGUAUCCGUGCUCAUAUUGCGGAAAAAAGUGGGCGAACUCUCAAGGUUUGCAGCGACACGUAGAAGCGAUGCACCCCAAAGGCAACGAGCUUCAGGCCUGCGAAAAAUGCGAGUACAAAACCCACGCGAAGUAUAAUUUAGAGCAACAUGUGAGAGCUAAACAUACUGCGAAUUCUUCUGCGGCAGGAAGUUUGGCGAAUUUUACCGUUUAAUCCGUCACUUAGGGAAAAUGCAUACCAUGGAACAGUAACAUUUAAAUUUUAGUUGGUCACAUGUUGCUAUCUUUUAAUUUAUGAUUAAGAUAUUUUCAAGCGAAAUUUGUUUUCUGUGAAAGAUGCAUUUUUUUAUAUUAGUUCAAAACUCUGAUUUUUAUAAUCCCCUAGAUAGCACAAUGUUAUUUGUUGAAGGCAAAACAAUUGAUGUAUUUAGCUCGCGACAUAUUACCAGAUAUUUAUGUAUUUGCAACCUUUCACAAUAUUUUUAUCAUUGAUGAGUGGAUGGAAAGAUGUCAUAAACUACUUGGAUAUAUAUAUUUCUUACAUACUGUUUUAAAUUUUUUCAUUUGAUGACGACCUACUCUAUCAAAAUAUGUGCGCAUGUUUUCUAACUCUUAUACAUAGGUCACAAAUAUUUCAAUACAAUUUUACCUAUUGUUACAUAUUUCUAGAUUUUUAUACAUUUAUUAAUAGUUAUUAAUGUUUACGCUACGUAUCUAUUACUUGAAAAGCGAAUAAAUCUUUUGAAUAUUUCUUCAGAAUCAAA